GGUCACCGCGGGGUCUCUGCCAGCCUGGCCAUGAACCUGGAGCCGCCCAAGGCUGAGAUCCGGCCGGCCACCAGGGUGAUUGGGGGGCCCGUCACUCCCAGGAAAGGGCCCCCCAAAUUUAAGCAGCGGCAAACCAGGCAGUUCAAGAGCAAGCCCCCCAAGAAAGGCGUCCAAGGGUUUGGUGACGACAUCCCCGGAAUGGAAGGCCUGGGAACAGACAUCACUGUCAUCUGCCCAUGGGAGGCCUUCAGCCACCUGGAGCUGCAUGAGCUGGCCCAGUACGGCAUCAUCUAG